AAACCCAGCUCAUUCCAUUCUCUGUUCAGCUACAACCAUGACACAUCCCAUUCUGUUGCUUGGACUUCUGAUAAUAACAUACUUUAGUGGUUCUCAAGCUGAAAAUGCCUUCUCACAGUAUUGGGAAGAGCAAAUUGGUCUUCCACGCCCUCCACAUUGGUUAGUUGCAAAGACUUCUCCAUUAGACCUCCAUCAAACAGCAACAUUUAUGAAACUCAUGGAGGAAAAUGAAUUGUCUUCCCACUUGCGUUCAUUCUGUAAGCAGGCUAAUAUUGCUUGUUCUUCAAAUGCACUGGAUAAGAAGGCAAUAGACAGCAGAAACUUGUUAGCAGUAGCAAAAUGGAAUGUUGCCAAACUGAAAUAUGAUUCUCCAAAUGAUACACCCUUGCCUGUUGCUAGCCAAGGGGGAUUGCCAUUUUUUAGGGAGUCAAUGGUGAAAGAGGGAGGUUUCAUACAUGUCCCUGAUUUAAGAGACCCAAUGUCAUAUAAAUCAUUCUUGCCACAAUCUUUGGUUUCAAAGAUCCCAUUUUCCUUUGCCCAGAUCAAGGAGUUAAAGAAUAUUUUUGGAGUGGUGGAUGAAUCAAAGAUGGAUAAGUAUAUCCAAGACACCAUUGAGACAUGUGAGAAAAGUCCCAUUAGCGGUGAGCAGAGCACCUGUGUGACUUCUGCUGUGGAUCUCAUUGAUUUUAUUGUUGAGAAAUUAGGGCAUCAUGUACAUGUAUGGAGUACUGAGAGUGUUGAGGGAUCUUAUGAGAAUGUCACAAUUGGAUCUGUGAAACUCAUAUAUGGAAACCUCUUUGAACCACCAGUCAUAUGCCAUAGUCAGCCGUUCCCAUUUCAAGUGUAUUAUUGUCAUGUCUUACAGAAAGUAAAGAUAUAUGCAGUUGAUAUAUAUGCUCUGAAGAAAGUGAAUCAUGCAAUCAUGAUAUGCCAUUAUGAUACAUCAACUUGGAAUCCAAACCAUCUUGCUUUUCAGCUUCUAGGUUUUGGGCCAGGCCUAAUUAAAGUCUGUCAUUGGAUAAAUGAGAAUGGAAUGGUAUGGGUAAAGACUCUAGGUUGAGCAGCAUUUUGAAGAUUAUAUUAUCUUCCAAUUCUCUUGUUUCUGUUACAUGUUACUCCUUAUGCUAUUUGAAUGAUAAACAAUGGCCUAUUUUUGUUUUCUUA